AAACGUCCGAGUCCGAGUCUUGCAGAUUUGCACUCGGUCUAAUCUUGCAGCCCAACACCAUGAGCGGGCGAAAACUCAAUCCCCAAGAGCAAAAGCUCCAUCAAGCUGCGCUUUCCAGUACUGACAAGGUAUUAACAUCAAAAGAAGCUGAAAAGAUCAUCUCAGAUGUGUCCGCACGCACUGCAGCAGUCAACUUCCUUCUGGGAGCUGGCAUGCUCAAAGUCCUGUCCAACGCAGCAGGCGUCAUCUCCUUCCGAGCUGUAAUGAAAAAGGAGAUAGAAGUGAAAAAAGAUAUGAGCGGUGAAGAAGCUAUGGUGCUCGGUCAUAUUCAAGCUUCAGCAAACGAAGGAAUAUGGACCAAGCACCUAAAAGCCAAAACGGAGCUGCACCAAACUGUCAUCGAUAGAUGCCUCAAAUCACUCGUUCAGAAGCAGCUCGUGAAGGUUAUCAAAGCUGUCAGGCACCCAACCCGCAAGAUCUACAUGCUCGCGCACCUUAAACCUUCAGUCGAGCUUACGGGUGGGCCAUGGUACACCGACAACGAACUCGAUACAGAAUUCAUCAAGCUCCUCUCAACCGCAUGUCUGCAUUACAUUCGUGACCGUUCCUUUCCCAAACAAAACAUCAAAACAUCUUCCCUGAACGAAUACAGACUCUACUCCGUUAGCGCUGCGCCCUCCUACCCAUCUGUCCAGCAAAUACAGCAUUUUUUGAGUAAGAGCAAGAUAACAGAGACGCAGUUGGGCGCCGAGCAUGUCGAGAUGCUUUUGAGAGUGUUGGAGUUGGAUGGGGAGAUUGAGAAGUUACCUGCAUUCACAGCAUCUGCUUGGGAUGCAGUCGACACUGACAAUUCGGUUUCCGAAUCUGGCUCAGACUCGGAUUCAGAUGCGGACUCGGACUCAGACUCGAACUCAGACUCAGACGUAGUCACUCGCACAAAGGGUAAGCGCAGCUUAUCCAAAAAGAAGAACAAAAGCAAAACAAGAACUAUCACACGAAAGCGGCGGCUUACGGAGGUAAACAGUUCUAGCGACAGUGACGAGUCUGAGUCUGAGGGACAGCAGAAACGUAAGAGGAAACGAAGGAAGGAAGAGAGUGACGAGGAAGAGGAGGAGCGCAAAAACAAAAACAAACGGAAGAGGCGGGGACAAGAGGGUGAGAGCGGCAGCGAGGAUCCUCAUUCAAAAUCCAAAUCGAAGUCGAAGUCGAAGUCGAUGAAAACGAAGACAAUGAAGCCAUCCACAAGUUCAAAACGCAUCAAAUUUGAAUCUUCGGAUGCAGAUGACAAUGUCGACAUCGGAGGAGCCUUCGUCUACCGAGCUGUCCGCCAAGAACGAGUAGCGCUGGGAUGGUCCCAAGCUCCAUGCGGUAGAUGUUCAGUAUUCGACUUCUGUCGCGACAAGGGGCCAACGAACCCACAAGAGUGCGUGUAUUACGCCGAAUGGCUGAAGGGGCUCCAGGGGGUAUGAAAAAGGAGCAGGAGGUUUGACAAUUUUCAUUUCUUGUGUUGUUUUUUAUUUGUUACAAUGACAAUAAGUUAUACUUAUUUAUCGGCAUCAAUUUUUUCAGUCGGAGGACGACCAUCUACAGAAAAUCACAUCCCUUUUCGCUGUGUUCUGCUAUGCGUAGCCUGCAUGGCGUAAUCGGCACUACUGCUCUAAUCGAUGGGUA